AUGUUGGUUUGCCGAUAUUGGAGGGACGUCGCCAUCGACACCCCAGAACUGUGGGCGGAUAUCUGCGUGAGUCCGCACGACUCCCUUGAGAAAGCGCAUCGCAAGCUCGCACGUUCAAAAUCGGUACCUCUUGAUAUCACGAUCAACUUCACUCCUCGAGUUGACAAUUCGAGCGGCGCCAUGGAGAGUAUUAUUCAUGCGAUGGAUCUUAUCCGUCCUGCGCUUUGGCGAGCAAGGUCCUUUCGCCUCAGUGUUCCCAACAAACCACAGGCACAUGCUGCCCUUCUGCGCUGUAAAGAAGAAGCUCCCUAUUUGGAAAGUCUCUGUAUCCGCGUAUUCCAUUCUAUGCAGGAAGAUCAUUACUCCAGCCCCUGCCUUCCGCUUUUUAAGGGGCACACUCCCCGCCUUCGUUCAUGCUCUUUCACGUCCUUUAAUUUCAAUUGGGACAGGAGAGUUGUAUCAAACCUGCGUGUGCUCCAACUAGGGGGCUACUGGAACGGGUCUUCACCAUCUGUCGACACCUUGCUAGAUAUUCUGCGAGGCUGUCCAGGUCUCGAAGAACUUGCAUUGCGCAACAUGUCGGACGUGGAUCCUGAAACUUGUGUUUCUCUCGAACAUGAGUUUAUUUCUACGAAGGUUGUGAAACUCCCAAGGCUUACCAAGGCAUCGUUCUAUUACGCAGGCAUCAUGCGCACGCGGAUGCUUCUUAGUCAAAUAUCGUUCCCCGCGCUUGAGUCACUCGACUUCUGCUACCUCGACAACCUCACACCAGUUUUGGAGCACCUUCGACAGCAAUCUCUUACUUCCCUUCCACUGAAGUAUCUUCGUAUUGAGUCAAGUUUCUUGAACGAACCGAAGUUUAUAAUACUACUUCAGCGACUAACAUCAUUGGUUACUCUGGAGUUGGUGGAUGUGGAAGAUAUCACAUGCUUCUUGUUGAAGAAUCUUUCCUCGCCGCCUGUGGCACAUCCUUGGGUGUGCCCCAAGCUAGACCGUCUCAAUCUUGACGGGUGCACUGCACUCGAAUGGGAUGCUCUACGAGGACUUGUGGAAUCUCGCCUCUCUGGUCGUCCACCUCAACACUCUUCUGCUUCGACUGCAGCAGCUUCGCGCUCAUCCUUCGUAUCCACCGCCUCUGCCUCUGCCCAUAUCCACGCCUUGUCCCUCAGCCGUUCUGCGACGCCCACAAUGCAGCCUCGUCGUCUAUCGUCGAUUGAUGUUACACGCUGCCAUCAGAUCAGCAAAGAGAUGGUGCAGUGGCUCAAGAUGUACGUCCGCGAUGUUCGCUGUGAGCCAGCAAAGGGGAUAUGGGGAGAGUCUAUACUACCUUAG